AUGACCAAAGGCCCAUCCAAUGAUAGUGAUCGAGCCAGUGAUGACAAGGGUGAUGCCGAUGUAAAUGGCCGAGACCAUUCAGAUAACGAUCACCCCAACCAGGAUGCCAGUAUUAAAUCAUUACACUCUAAUAAUCUCGAAUCCGCAGCCGAUGAUAAAGGUAAUAUCGAUCUUUUGGGCUCUCCUGCAGCCGCCACUUCUGGCGGGUACGAAAGUGAGCUUGGAAGUACAGAUGAACCAAAUUUAUUUUACAGUCACACAAUUGAUAGUUCAGUUACCUCCCCAAUUCGUGAUUUGGAUAGCGCAUCCAAGCCAUUUAUAUCAUAUCAAAUAACAACUACCACCAAUCAUCCCUCGGUAAUAAAAUUGAGUUCUAUAAAACCAACAGAACCAAAUAGUGCAGUGACUAUAAAAGUUCGAAGAAGAUAUGGAGAUUUCAGAUUUUUGCAUGAUUGUUUGAGUAAUGAUUACCCUCAAAUUCUCGUUCCUCCAUUACCAUCAAAGCUGAAUUUCAAAUAUCUCACUGGUGAUACUUUCAGUACUGCUUUUGUACAUAAGAGAUUACAUUCUUUGGAUAGAUUUGUCAAAUACAUCACAAAUCAUUCAAUUUUAUCUCAACUGUCAAUAUUUCAUUUAUUUGUGAGUGAUUCACCAGACUGGUCAACUUUUACUAAGAAUUUGAAAAUUUCAAAAAAUAAUACAAGCUCUAUUCAGGAAGAGAAUAUUGAAUCAUCAGGUUUUACAAGUUCUGUUGUUAACAAAGUUGUGAAUGAAGAUUUAUUGACUGAAACUGUAAUGAACUUUUUAACCCCUGCAAAGCAUAAGCGGGAAACAAAUAAAGAUAUUUUGGAAAUUAGUGACAAAUUAAAGAAAUUGUAUGAAAAUCUUCUCAAGCUAGAUAAAAUAUUCACUAAGUUGAAUAAGAAGAACCAUGAUUUAAGUCAAGAUUACGAACAAUUUGCUAACCAGAUAAGUAAACUAUCAAUUAUUCAGAGUAAAGGACAGGAAACAGGAUUAGGGACUAACUCGGACGAAGUUAAUGGUGAUGCUACUGAAUCUUCAAAAGACCAACAACAAUUCACCGAUAAUUUCAAAGUCUUUGCUCAAUCUUUAUCAUACUUUUCAAACAAUUGGGCAAGCUUACAUAAGUAUAUCGAUGAAUCAUUUCUAGUCUCUUUGAAAGAUUGUUCCAAGUACAUCAUUAGCUUGACUAAUUUAAUUGAAUUGCAGCACAAUAAAAAAAUUGAUUUACAAGUUUUACAAGACUACCUUAACAAAUCAAGAGGGGAAUUAGCUAGUUUUGGAGGUCGCCAUGCGACUGGCAAUGCACCUCCUCCCAGUGGUGUAUUGAAUGGGAACAAGCCCAGUGGCAUUGUGAAUAAUACAACUCAAUUGAUCAAAGAUACCAUUUCAACUUCGGCUACCCCCCAUAUUGCUUCUUCGAAUACCGAUGGUAAGCUUGAAAAACUACAAAACAAAAUCGAACAGUUAGAAAAUGAAAUCAAACUUCAAACUGACUUGGUUCAAAGCUUAACCAAUAAAAUCAUCAAUGAAGAAUAUCCUAACUGGGAUAAAUUCAACAAAAACGAAUUGAAACAAAACAUGGUUGGGUUAUGCAACGAAGAGAUCAAGUUUUACAAAGGCUUGGUUGAUAAUUGGUCUGAUGUAGAAGUCAAACUAAUGUCGAGGUUAGAAGAACUCAAGUGA